CCUUGAAACCGUUAUCAACCAAAUGGCUCAACUUCUUCAACAGAUGGCUGCUUUUAAAACUAGAAGUCCUGACGAAAUCCUUGAAUCUUUAUCGAAAACCAUCGAGGAGUUUCGUUACGAUGAAGAAAACAACAUCACUUUUGAAAAAUGGUAUGUACGUUUCAAAGACCUUUUUCAAAACGACUCAAGCUUAUCGGUGAAUUCGAAUGCGAGGUUAUCCUUAAUACAAUUACAGAGAAAUUUGUUUGUUUUGUUACAUCAUCACCAGUCCUAAAUGUUAUAGGUAUAGAUUGGAUAGAUAGGUUUAAUCUAUGGGCAAUUCCCUUCGAUGUACUGUGUAAGAAAGUUUCAUCAGCAUGUCCAAAGGAUCGAAUAGUACAGCUUCAAUCGAAAUAUCCAACAGUUUUCGAUGAUUCGCUUGGACAUUGCACAAAAACGAAGGUGAAACUGUUUCUGAAGCCCAAUGUAAAACCAGUUUUCUGUCCAAAACGACCAGUACCAUUCAAUACUAUCGCUCUUGUGGAUGCGGAACUAUCAAGACUACAAUCACUAGGCAUCAUCACACCAAUAGACUUUUCGGAGUGGGCUGCUCCGAUAGUAGCCAUUCGCAAGCCUAAUGGUAAAGUUCGAAUUUGUGCGGAUUAUUCGACGGGGCUUAACGAAGCUUUAGAGUCAAAUCAUUAUCCUCUACCUAUUCCUGAAGAAAUUUUUGCACAGUUGAACGGAAGUGUUGUAUUCAGCAUAGUUGAUUUGUCCGAUGCAUACCUACAAGUAGAAGUAGAAGACGAAUCUAAACACCUUCUUACGAUCAACACACAUAGAGGUCUUUUUCAGCUCAACCGUCUCGCACCGGGAGUCAAAUCAGCACCUGGAGCUUUUCAGAGACUAGUUGACGGUAUGAUUGCUGACAUUCCUGGCGUUAGAACAUUUCUAGAUGAUGCUAUAAUUUUCGGUAAAACUUGGGAGGCACACAAGCAAUCAUUAGACACAUUUCUUCAGCGUUUAAAAGAAUAUGGCUUCCACGUCAAGCUGGAAAAAUGUCAUUUCUAUCAAACUGAAAUUGUCUAUUUGGGGCAUGUGGUAGAUCGCAACGGCAUACGUCCUGACCCAGAGAAGCUGAAAACCAUCGCAUCUAUUCCAGCACCAACGAACAUUUCCGAAUUGAGAUCGUUCUUAGGAGCUGUGAAUUUCUACGGCCGAUUUGUGAGAAACAUGCAUGAACUCAGACACCCGUUAGAUCAAUUGCUAAGGAAGGAUACGAAGUGGAAGAGGAAUUCGGAUUGUCAGACAUCGUUCGAAAAAUUCAAGAAAGUACUGCAAUCUGACUUACUGUUGACACAUUAUGAUCCGAAUCUUCCUAUCAUCGUUGCAGCAGAUGCGUCUAGCACCGGCGUUGGCGCAGUUAUUUUUCAUAAAUUUCCGAACGGAUAUUUGAAAGCCAUUCAACAUGCUUCAAGAACAUUAACGUCUGCAGAACAAGGCUACGGACAACCGGAAAAAGAAGCUCUGGCUCUUACUUAUGGGGUAACCAAAUUUCAUAAGUACUUACUUGGUAUGACAUUUACUCUUUUAACCGAUCAUAAGCCUUUACUAUCCAUAUUUGGUUCAAAAAAGGGAAUUCCUUUGCACACAGCAAACCGACUCCAACGGUGGGCAUUGAUGUUAUUAAACUACGAUUUUACCAUCGAAUAUGUUUCAACCACCGAGUUUGGGUGCGCUGACAUGCUAUCAAGGCUAAUCGACCGUUGCAAGCAACCAGAGGAAGAUUACGUUGUAGCUUCGAUUACACUUGAAGAGGAUAUUCAAAACGUCAUGCACGAAUCAUUGAAACAAGUACCAGUAUCAUUUGCUGACAUUCAAAAAGCAACAAGAUUGGACGAAACACUGCAAGCUGUUUUGAAAUUCAUCCGGGAAGGCUGGCCGAACGAAGCGUCGUCAAUCAAAAAUCAAGACAUUCGUUCGUAUUACACACGAAAAGAAUCGUUAACGCAUGUAGAUGGAUGUAUCUUGUUUCACAACAGAGUUGUUGUUCCAAACAUAUACAGGAAAAAGGUACUGCAACAAUUCCAUCGCGGUCAUCCUGGAAUGGUGCGAAUGAAAUUCAUUUCUCGAAGUUUCGUUUUCUGGCCGGGAAUGGAUGUCGAUAUCGAAAACUUUGUCCGGCGUUGUACUUCAUGUUGCACUGCUGGCAAAGCACCAAUCAAAGAAACACCUGAAUCUUGGCCUGUGCCGGAAAAGCCAUGGUCACGGGUACACGUGGACUAUGCCGGUCCUGUAGAUGGCGUUACGCUUGUAAACGUCAAAGUGAGAGGACGUGUUUUGACCAAUUUGCAAGCCAUCAUGAGCAAGUUUCAGCGGUACGGAAGUAACACCUUCCGUAUCGAUUAUUCGGAAGCUCCUAUUAGACCAACGCUAGACGAAACGGCAGAUUUUCUGUUUACCGUUCUUAAAACUGGCGCGGAUGUCUCGAUGGUGCAACGGAACACUGCACAAAGUGCAGUAUAUGUUACCAUGCCAACACUCGAACGUGCAUUGGCCAUAGUGAACGAGCACAACGGGAAACACUUCGUCACGCACGAGGGGAAGCAGCACAAGAUCGCAAUCGAGAUGGUGGAUGAUGCGACAGAGGUGAAAGUGCGCGAUCUGCCACCAGGGAUUCCCGACGCGGAUGUUGUUGCUGAACUGGGCGGUUUUGAUGAACAGUUUGCGGUAAAACGCAAACAAUUUCCGGAGACGGAUAACGAGAGUGACGCCUCAAGUUCAUCAACACUUAGCUUUACGAGCGUGACCAAGCGCAAGCCUGGUCGGCCUCCCAAGCGGCUCACCACUACACAACCAUGA